GACAAAAUUUAUAACGUGGAUCUGAUUAAUGUGGUUUUGAUAUUCAAGUUAUAGAAUUCGUUAAAAAUAAUAUAUAAGGCUACUUGGAUAUAUUUGUGAAAAUGUUUAUAUAAGCUUAACUGAAAUUACAGUGAUUGUGUAAUUAAAUUAUAACCACAUAUAAUAUUCCACAAUAAAUAUUAGAUAUUAUAUAAAAUGGGCUAUAAAAACAAUUUUUUGGAAACUUUUCACACACUUUCUUUGUAACCCAAUUUGUUUUGUGUAAUAUUACUUAAAAUUAAUAACAUGGCAUCACCUUUUGAGAUGACGAAAACAACUCACAAAAUAACAAGAACAAGAAGAAAAUAGAAUUCAAUGAAAUUCAACGGUUUGGUACAAAGUAGGCAAACAGUGCAAGAACACAUUCUUUAUCUCCGACACAUUCGUUGAAAAAAUUGGCGCCUUUAGUUCGGCAUUUUGAAACAACACAAGAACAUUUGGAUUUUUGGUUUCAAAAAAGAUGCCCCGAGCAACUAAACCAAAAGCUGCAGCAGAUGGUGUUCCCAAAAAGGGACCUGCUCCUAAGCGAAAUAAAUUAUAUGCGAUGCCAGAAAAGAUAGCUGAAGGCACAAUUCUCUCAGAUUUAUCCAAAGCUCAGUGGUUAAUUGGAUCUUCAAUUGGAACUGGUGGGUUUGGAGAAAUUUAUUCGGCGUGUCGCGUUGGUGAGAAAACUUAUAACUACGUUGUAAAGUGCGAGCCACAUGGGAAUGGUCCACUGUUUGUUGAAAUGCACUUUUAUAUGCGCAACGCCAAAUUGGAAGAUAUUAAACGAUUUCAGCAGGAGCGUGGCCUUAAGACCAUUGGUAUGCCAUAUAUGAUUGGGAAUGGUUCAGUAGAAUUAAAUGGAACCAAACAUCGUUUUAUUGUAAUGCCACGAUAUGGCAGCGAUAUUUCAAAACUCUUCUUAGCGAAUGGUAGACGUUUUCCUGAAGAGACCAUAUACAGACUGGCGUUACAAAUGUUGGAUGUGUAUGAGUUUAUACAUUCAUGUGGUUACGUACAUGCCGACUUAAAAGCUGCCAAUAUACUUUUAGGCUACGGCAAAGAAGGCAAUAGUCAAGCGUACUUAGUUGACUAUGGAUUAGCUUCACAUUAUACGACGAAGGAAUUUAAACCUGAUCCAAAAAAAAUGCAUAACGGUACUAUAGAAUAUACAUCUCGGGACGCACAUCUUGGUGUAGCUACAAUGCGUGCAGACUUCGAAAUAUUAGGGUAUAAUAUCAUAGAAUGGUCCGGCGUUCAACUGCCAUGGGUAAAGAACAACAUACUAACAGUGCCAGUGAAAGUGCAAAAGGCCAAAGAAGAAUUCAUGGCAGACGUAAUGCAUUGUUUAAAAACUUUAUAUUCUAAAGAUGUGCCAGGUCCUAUUGCGGAGUAUAUGAAGUAUGUAGCAAAGCUGGAGUAUAAUGAAAAACCUGACUAUGAAAAAUGUCGUAAAAUAUUCAGCACAGCUCUAAAAACAAUGAAAAUAUUAAAUACUGGAGAUCUACGUUUUAAGAUAAGUGAUAAUUAUGACAAGUCUGCACCUUCAACAAGCAAAGGUCGUGGAAAAUUGGUGAGAAAGCCAGCUGCGGUCAUGGACACAUCUGUGGAAAUGUUUGCCAGUGAUGACGAUGAUGAUGAUGUAAUAUUCGAGGAAAAGAAACCGGUUAAAAAAGCACCACAUAAACUGAAAACUGUGACAAAUCGUUCGCCGAAAAAUGUUGACAGUGCUUCAAGGCGCAUAAAAUCGUCUCCUCGCAAUACUACACCAACUCUACGCGGUUCGCCUGAAAUGAAAACUUUAACAAAGUUGACGCCAAAAGUAACUCCUGCUCGGAAGCGUCGGUCGUCGUCUUUCUCGCCAAGGCAGGCAACACGGCAUUCACCGUUGCAAAAGAAAUUGCGAACCACACCUCGUGAAGCUGCCAAUGGUAAAAGUUCGAGCACGCCCAGUACUUCCUCUUCGCAUACUACACGUUCCACUCCUGUUGCUACCAGAGCAAAUAUAAAUUUUAGUCCAGCGAUUUCGUUAUCCACUUCACGACAUGGGAAGACUGUUGUUAAUGACAACACAACUCCAGUACCACGUACUGGUAAAACUUAUGAAUUUAAUUUCGAAUUAGAUGUCAGUAUGGAUGCCAAUGUUAUAGUUAAUGUCAAACGUAAAAAGAAGGCAGCAGCGACCAGUACCACCAACAGUAAUAGUGCCGCUAAAAGCAGUUCUAAAUUAAUGCGCUCAAAUGAGGAAGCACCUGGGGAUAAAAGAAAUACACCAGUUACUCGUGUAAAAGUGCGGAAACUGCCCAGUGAUGAUGCGUGCGACAGUCCCCCUACCCCAGCUGUUACUGUUAAAAAAUCUAAGCGUGCGAUUUCUUAAAAACUCGUGUUGCUGUUUUGAAUGUUUUAUUUGUAUUACUAGAAGAACAAUACAUUUUUUUUUUAUUAAUUAUAUGUACAUGUAUGUAAUUGUUUCUUAUAUAUUUCGUAUUUGUUAAAAAUCCAUAAAAAUUGUUCCCUUUAUCGAAUAAGAUACGCUUUGACGUCUCUCCUGGCAAGGAAUACAAUACAAAAAAUUCGUUGAUCUGUACGCUGAAUAAAUUUUUGUAAGAAAAUACUGGCUAUAUGCUUUAUUUAUUCAGUAAACUAUUUUAUUUUUUUAUUUUAAUGCCUCCUGCUCAAAAAUGUAAUUUCACUUAAUAAAAGUUUUUACAAAAAAAAACUAUUUACUUAUGCUGUUAUUUGAAAUUAUAUGAAACCGGACUAUAAUUACAUUUUAAAAAGUUUACUUUGCUUUACGCUUAUUACUGUCAUGGUGUUUUGAGGACGACUUCGACGACGAUGAUUUACUGGACGAAGAAGAGUGCGACGAUGAUUUUUUUGACGAAUGCGAAGAACUCUUCUCACUUGCACUGACGACAUUGAAAGUCGCAUUGACGGCACUGCUUGAUGUUACCGAUUUCGAACUACUAGAUGAAGGACGCUCCUCUUUAUGAGACCUGGAGCUUUUAUGAUGAUGAUGCCUACUCGUAGACAUUGUCGGCACUUGUACAGAUGGAACAGCUGAAGUGGAUGUACUAGGUGCUUCUGGUUGUAUGAUUGCAAAAGGAGAGGACGAAUUUGAAGUCGAUGAAGAACGCGAAGAUGUAGCUGAUGACUUUGUCUUUGAUAUUAAGGAAAUUGGUUCUUCUAUUACAACGCCAGCCGCCUUACUAGUGGAAGGUUUAUUAAGACAAUUAUCACAUUGCCAGUUGUGCUCUUGCCCUUCAGAGGCUUCUUCAUCUGUAAUAGGUGGCUUGUGGCAUUCUUGGUGGUAAAGUGUACCACAAUUUGAACAUUCGAUUAGGCGAUUUGUAGCAGUAAAAACCAUUUCACCACAAACAGCACAAUUUAAAUCGCCAAACUCCUUUAGAUUAACAUCUUCAUCGCCGCCUCCCAGCAUUGCUCCUCCGAUGUUCGCGCCAUCAUCAGAGUCUAUUAUAGUGUCAGGUGAAUCUGAUAUGGUCUUUGCAGGAGAGCCAGUUAAAUUAAUAACUUCAUCAGCAGUUGGGUCCUGAUCCAUUGCCGUUGGAUGUUCCGGAGGAGGCGGCGGUGUUGCUGCACGACCUGGAAAGUUCGCUUCCAAUUCCAUUAGACCUUUACUCAUAUUAUUCGAUAUCAUAAGCUCUGGGCCAAAACGUUGCUUUAUAGCUUCAUCCAGCAUUAACCUCAGCUCAACCGCAGAAUUUGGAUGAGGAGAGUGUAGCAAUCUUAUUGCUUUGCGCAACAUUUCCAUCUCAUUCGGAUUUGCAGUCAUAUCUACGUAAAUUAUACGCACUUUAAAAAAUUAAUAUAAAUAAAUUUAACUUCAGUAUGAACACGAAUAAAUGCAAAACCUCAAACCACAGCUGUUUCGGCUUACGAUACAGGGUUGCAGUGUUCACAAAGUCCGUUCACUUAGUAUAGACGAAAUGAAUUUUAAAUAAUAUGUUAAAAGUUGCAUAAAUUUUAUUAGCAUAUAUGCAAGUAUGUUAUAUAUACAGUAAGUACAUACGUUCGUUUAUAGCGGUUCCAUAUCUAUAUAUGAACGUGCAUAAGUAUUGCACUUACUUACAUUUGCAUUACUUUAUUUGGCCAAAAAGUGCAGUAGCCGGCAAAUCGUACUGGUUUUGCCAUCUCUAUGCCAUUGCAUUCUUCAAUAAUUCCAAUUGGAUUUGUUUGUUAUGCUGAAGCAGCUGAUUGUUAAGAGUAAAAAUAAAAUUAGAUUUAUUAUAAUUACUGGCAUCGAAUAAAGUGUUAAUCAUCAGGUGUACAAUUUAUUAGUGCUUAUCGUAUAUUUCGAUUAUCUCUGAUAAGAAAAAUAUAUAUUCAUAACAUUGAAAUGUUCUAAGGCGUUACACAAAGCAUAUUGUUGAAAGACAUUGAUAGAUUGAAUUGACAAUAAAUUCGUAAGCGUGUACAUCUCGCCUAUGCGGCGCCAGUAAGUUUUCAACCGGAGAAUCGAUAAACAGAAAGUGUCAUUUGAAGUUAUUAAAGUCCAUAAAUACUUAUGACGUUGGUGCAAAUUCUAAAGUGAAUUUCAUAAUCUUAGAAGAAGCAGUUUCAUAUAUCAUAAACAAAACCGCAAUGAAUAAGCAGGUGAUAACAUUUUGCGUAUCGGUCUUUAUAGUGUUAGACAGUGGUUAUGCUGAAACUAAGGACCCUCUGAAUACGACAUUCUUUCCUUCAUUGAUAUUCUGCGCAAUAUCCUUGGACGAAAAAGGAAUUAAACUUGGGUGUUAUUUUCAACAGCUGUUAAGAAUUUUUAAUCCAACUUAUUAUAAUUCGUGUGAUAGCGAGAUCGGUUAAGAAGUGAAACUUCUCUUCUGCUUAAACAUCACGAGGUUCUACAUAUUCCAAUAAUUUAGUGAUUUCUACAGAUCACACAUGAAGUAUUUCAGUUUCUGUAAUUAUUUAAGGUGACAUUAUUACCAUUAAUAUUUUAUAUUUAGUCAACGACUAAAAUUGAAUUUAAAAUGAACAAAGUCUAUGAAAGUAACUUAUUUUUAAAGCUAAAUAUGUGAAUAAUACAGGGAUCAUAACUAAGUUAGCAAUAUAUUUUUUCAACCAUAUAUUCUUAGAAAAUAGUUCACAUUAUCGUACUUAAGAAUCUAAUUUUUAGUAAUGAAAUUAUGCAAAAUCUUUCUGCAUUCUAUAUUAUAGAUUAUAUGUGUCAGUAGCUUUGGCUUCAUAAGUGCUAAAUAUAAACUUAAUUUCGACAUACAACUUUGUUUGAAUGUUACAAGAUAGCAGUUGUGAAUACGGCUAUCUGGUAAAGAAAUAAAAAAACAACGAAACUUUAAAAAUUUGUUAGAGUGGCAACGGUGGGCAGCUACAAUAUAGCAACAAAAACUGUAUUGAUUCAAAGCAAUCAGUUUCCUCCCUCUUUCACCAUUCUAUUUUCCGAUUGUAAAUUCGCUCUAUUCCAUGUUUAUCGGCGUUCUUUGUGACGUUUCUUCAUGUUUUGAUUCAAAAUGGCGUUGUCUUGCUGAAAAUAUGUUAACCUAAUUAACACAAAUAUGGCAUCUUUAGCGGUUUUCGGUAUUUUCCAUUGCACAUAAAGACAACAAUGCGAAAAUUUAAUAGUCAUCGUCUUUUUUGCUAACUGUAAUUCUUUAUAACUGCGCUUUUCCAAAGGAUUGGUGAUUUGUUGCAGCUAAAUCUGGCAACAUUGUUUGUCUGCAUGCGUUUUACAUUUUUGACAAGACAAUUUGCAUUUCUUUAUUAUCUGCUUGGAUAGUAUUAGUUUUUGUUCUCUGAAGGCUUUGGUGAAAAUCUGGAAUCAAGUAAUAUUUUAUAACAGUUACCAUUUACCGUUGUCGGAAAAAAGAGUUUUACAUUAAAUUGGAAGAAAAAUGAUUACAGAAAAUACGACGAAUAUGCAUGCAAGUUUGGGGUCAAAGAGUGCGAUGAAAGCGCUUCAAAUGGUCAAGAAUCCGCAAGAUGACAUGGGAUGGAAAUCAAAGCUUAAGAUUCCGCCAAAAGACAACCGGUUUAAGACGAGUGAUGUUACCGAUACUCGUGGAAAUGAAUUUGAAGAAUUUUGUUUGAAAAGAGAACUCUUAAUGGGUAUUUUUGAAAAGGGCUGGGAACGUCCAUCACCAAUUCAGGAGGCCGCAAUACCAAUAGCUUUAAGCGGUAAAGAUGUAUUAGCUAGAGCAAAGAACGGCACUGGUAAAACCGGAGCGUAUUGCAUUCCCGUUUUAGAGCAGAUAGAUCCAAGAAAAGAUUAUAUACAAGCCCUGGUGAUAGUGCCAACACGAGAGCUAGCUUUGCAAACAUCGCAAAUAUGCAUUGAACUCGCAAAACAUCUAGACAUUCGAGUUAUGGUAACAACGGGAGGUACGAUUCUUAAAGAUGAUAUACUUCGCAUAUACCAAAAAGUACAGUUAAUAAUUGCCACUCCUGGACGUAUUUUGGAUUUAAUGGACAAAAAAGUUGCGGAUAUGUCACAUUGCAAAAUUUUAGUUUUAGAUGAAGCCGAUAAAUUGUUGUCUCUUGAUUUCCAAGGCAUGCUGGAUCAUGUAAUUAUGAAGUUGCCGAAAGACCCUCAAAUUCUAUUGUUCUCGGCAACAUUUCCGUUAAGUGUAAAAAAUUUCAUGGAGAAACAUUUGAGGGAACCAUAUGAAAUCAAUUUGAUGGAGGAGCUGACUUUAAAAGGCGUAACACAGUAUUACGCAUUCGUUCAAGAACGCCAAAAAGUUCAUUGCUUAAAUACGCUUUUUUCUAAGCUACAAAUAAAUCAAUCUAUUAUAUUUUGUAAUUCCACCCAACGUGUUGAAUUGCUGGCGAAGAAAAUAACGGAACUUGGUUAUUGUUGUUAUUAUAUACAUGCUAAAAUGGCCCAGGCACAUAGAAAUCGUGUGUUUCACGAUUUUCGACAAGGCUUGUGCAGAAAUCUCGUAUGCUCGGAUCUUUUUACUAGAGGUAUCGACGUGCAAGCCGUAAAUGUUGUUAUAAAUUUUGAUUUCCCGAGAAUGGCAGAAACCUAUUUGCAUCGAAUUGGCCGUUCUGGACGUUUUGGUCACCUUGGUAUUGCAAUUAAUUUAAUAACCUAUGAAGAUAGAUUCGAUCUGCACCGAAUUGAAAAGGAACUUGGAACCGAAAUUAAGCCUAUCCCCAAAGUAAUCGAUCCAGCAUUGUAUGUUGCCAACGCAGCAGCUACGUCUACGGAAACCAAUAAUGAUCUUAAUAAUUCAGCAAACGAGGAGGGUAAUAUCAGCAAAUGAACGAAUAUGAGGAACUAUUA